AUGGCGCUCCGGCUCCGCUCUGCCCUCUCCGCCGCCGCCGCCUACGGACGCCUCCUCCGCCACCGGGCUCUCUCCGCGGAGGCCACCUCACGCCCUCAGUGGGGUGUGAUCGUCGGCACGCGUCCGGUCAAGUCGCCGGCGCUCCGUGCGACCUUCCACCUCGCCGAGCCCCCGCGCGCCUCCCGCCUCCUCGUCCCCGCCCACCUCCUCGGGUCGGGGCCACUCCCGGGCGUCGACAGAGGAAUCAUGGGCGCGCUCUUCUGCGACGUCCGCGCCGUGAGCGCCGACGGCUUCCUCCUCCUCAACUUCCUCGACAUCCGCACCACGGGCCCCGUCCUCGAGAGUCAGCGCGCUGACCCAUUUCGGGACGCGACCCUUUCAGCGCUCCCCGAGGCCACGCGGUUCGUCUGCAACCCUCUCAGCGGCGAGCUGUUCCGCCUGCCGGACAUCGACGGCACCAAGAAGACCCUGUGCGACAACCGCUUCGGCCUCCUCACCAAGGCCCGGCGCGGUCACGGCCCGCCCGACAGGUACGCCGUCGCCGAGCUCCUACAGGAAAAGGAGCCCUCGAGGUGCUUCUCCAUGAGGCGGUUCCUCUCCGAGACAGGGGAGUGGGAGAAGCUCACGGGCCUGCCGUCCCCGCUCCCACUCCCGCUGGCGCGUCGGAUGGAGGUGGACCACGAGGCCGUGGCCUUCGGCGGCCGGCUCUGGUGGGUCGAUGGGAGCUGUGGUGCCGUCUCCGCGGACCCGUUCAGCGACCGGCCCGAGCUCCGCUUCGUGGAGCUCCCGGAGGGCAAGGAGCGAGUGGCCCCUGAUCCCCGGACCCUGUGCAGAUACCGGCGCGUUGGGGUCAGCGAGGGGAGGCUGCGUUACGCCGUGGUGUCCCAGUGGGAGCCCUUCGUUCUCCGCUCGUUUGCCCUUGAUGGCGACGACGAUUGGACACUGGAGCACGAGGUGGCGCUUAGCCCACUCUGGACGAACGGGGGCUACCCCUGGCUGCCUAUGGAGGAGACACCGCGGAUUGCCGUCAUCGACCCCAUGAACGCGAGCAUCAUGCAUCUCACCAUCGGCAACUAUGUUGUCACCGUGGACAUGGACAGGGGAAAGGUGGUUGCUAGUGCAAUUGUCUCGGCGGCUCAUCAGCAUGGUCUAAUCACGGCCAAUGGUGGUUUCUUUCGGGCAUUUCUGCUCUCGCCGUGGCUUGGAUCAAGCCGGAUUCCUCGUGCAGGCAAGCCGGGCAAUGCCAGGAACAAGACUCUGGCAGAUGUUCUGAUUCGCUCAAACUGA